CAGCUAUUUCAUGCCAAUUUAUGUUAUCAACAAGAAGUCACACGAUUGUCUGGUGAGUUCAAGUCGGCAAUGUCUAACCUGAAAAUUAUUUAUACUAGUACCAAUUAUCAUUUUGAAUAAAAUGCAUCAUAACUAUAUUCAAAAUAUUAUCAGUUAUGCUGUUGUGUAUGCUCUUCUUACAACCAAAGUAAAAGGGUAAAAAAAAAAAACUUUUCAAUAUUAUUUAUAUAAUUGAAUUGAUAUUAAUGCCGGCACCGGGUAAUAGUAAUAGUAAUAGUAAUAAUAAUAUCAUUGUGGCAGUGAUCCCGCUCCGCGUAGUAUUGACUCUUGUCUAUGACUAUUGUACUAGUACUAAUGGUAUUUAGAAUAUUUAGGCCUCGUAUUAUUAUUUACUAUUUGAUAUAGUCCUAGGUAUUAAUAUAUUUUAUUUAGUUUAAAAAAAUAAGUUUUACCAAAAAAACUUUUUGAUUCAUACCUCAUACUCAUAGUGUCAUAUGUUGCUAUGUCAUUUUUCAUAGCCUAUAACUAUAGUAUAUAACACUAUUAUCAAACAUAACAUUGAAAUAAUUAAUUAAUGUAAUUAACUUUUUUUUUUUCCUCCCCAGCAGCCCAGCAUUACACGCUGUACUUUGUUUUGGCUAAGCCAUUCAUCAUGUCAAAGUGUUGCCUCUAAAUAAUGAUCAAGAUUAACAUCCUCAUUGCUACUUUGAUAAACAUGGCCACCAGAUUGUUCAAAAGCAGUAAGUCUAUUUUGUCCUGGUUCACAGGAGUGAGCACAUUGACCACAAAAUUCUGUCCCUGGUUUAUAGUUCUAAAGAAGGCUCUAGGCCUGUAUAUCUUCAAAAACUGAUUUCUUAACAUGUAUCCAUACAGAAAUUGCGCUCUUCAACACAGUCCUUACUGAGAGUUCCCAGUGUAGAUGAGCACAGUAAUAAGUCAUACGGAGUGCGCUCUUUUUAAGCUAUUUAUUGCACCUAAAUUGUGGAACAGUUUGCCUCAAUCUUUGAGGGAAAUUGAAAAUGAUAAAAAGUCAUUUAAGAAACAAUUAAAGACUUUUUUCUUUAAAUAGAUUUUAGGACAUCAGAGUGCUGUGAGCAUGCUAAAAUAGCAUGGACACAAGCGCUGUAAAAUUCAUCAUCAUAUUUAUGCAUUCCAUGUCGCAGGAGCUGUCAGAAUUUUCAUUGUGAAAAUGUCAUAGCCUAUCCAUCUUGGGGUUUAAUUUCAGGGUUUGCCUUCUUUUAGAUAAAUUUCUAUCCAAGGUAACUAGUCCAAUUCACCGGGGAUGCUGGGGAUAUUUUUGCUUGUCUAGGCAUUUUCUGGGGAUUGAUCUCCAGUCCAAUAACUUUGGAUUUCAGUAAUAUUUAUGCUCUUUGGAUUGCCUCAGUUCAGAACAGGGCCACCCAAUAUAUAAUAUAAUAUACCAUUUGAGCAACAUUCAACAAAAAGGGCCUUUAGCCGGGCAUAGUGGUUAUGCAAUCAUACAUACCAAGUGAUAUUUACAUGCCUUGUACUAGCUUUAUAAACAUGGUUUAUCCUUAGCUAGUUAGUUAGUUAUUUUUAAUAAAUUGUUAAAUUGUUAUUUUGAUGAUGCUGCUUAUCAGAACCUUUGUUUAGGUCAAAAUAGCAGUUUAUUGUUUGUUUAUUGUAAUGCCUAUUUAUAUGUGCAAAGUGAACUUAUUUCAGCGUAGAAGUAGAUUUAAAAACAAUGUAUGGUCCACAAGUUUUGGAUUUUAGGUUACCUACAUUUUAUCCUAGAGCAUAAUUAUUACUGAUAUCUAGUUGCUAUUUACCUAGUAACUGGGAAACCUAGGGGCAGACAGCUCACAGGUGGACCAAGACUGAGAUGGAUCAAUGAUCUAGAGAAGGACUUAAACCAGCUAGGGGUUCGUGCAUGGAGGCAGAAAGCCAUGGAUAGAUCUGAAUGGAAGGAUGUGGUGGUGCAGGCCAGGGCCCUACAUGGGAUAUAUAACCACUCCAGUUUUUUUUUUUGGUAGUUUUUUUUCUCUUGAUUUUUUUCAUUGGUUUUUAGAAAUCUGUUCUCAGGGUUUUAACUCCAUGUGGUUGGCAUGAUGCAUCUUUAAAAAAAGCUUUUGUACUUAAUAAUAAAAGUUUAAAGAAAUUAUAUAAUUUUGUUAAAGUAUUGAGGGCCGGCACAUCAUCACUCAUUUAUUUAGAUAUCGUCAGACAUAAAAAUAAUUUUACUUAAAUAGCUUUGCUUAGGUUGGUCAAUUUUUAAAUAUUACCGUACUUUUGUUUUCUUCAAUUUCAGUUUUGACAUGGUCCCCUCAAAGUUCAGUGUCCCGAUUUUUAAGUGUCAUCAAUCAACCAGAUCUUUUGGCCAUCAGAAAAGAUUUACAGAAAUUUGAAGGAGGAUCCGUAGAUUUACAUACUGAUGAGGAGACAGGGAUAGCUGUUAUGACUUUAAAUAACCCAGAGAAAAGAAAUUCCUUGACAGGUUUGUACAAAAAGUUUUGAUUAAACCUUGCAAAGUUAUUAAUAAUUUGUGCAUUACAUGGUUAAAAACUGUAUGAUGAGAAUAGUAAUUUUGGGUUUGACUAGCUGCACAUCUGAAUUUGUAAAUUUAGGCUUGAUAAAAAUUAAUUUGUUUCAGCAGUAAAGAAUUGUACAGUUGUCCUUCACCCCUUUGGGCUUCGGCUUUUGCGGCUUAAAUCUAUCGUGUUUUUUUUUUUCAAAUAUAACACGUAUACAUUGAAAAGUUGACAGAGAUAGUGAAAAUGAUACAGUGCGCUUUUGGUUGUCUAAAUCAAUUACACACCCCUGUAUUAAAAUUUAAAUUACUUUAUGUAUGGACUGUAGGUCUAUGUAUUCAAGAACCCCCAGGGUGUCUAAUAAUUUUUAAAACUGUAUUUAGAGGAUCGUGAACAGGUUUUAUACACUCUAUCAAGAUAUUCCAUUAAUAAAUAAAGAAUCCUACUUCGUGGAAAUUCACUUAUCGCCGUAGAGUCUGGAACUGAUUAACAGGAAUAAAUGAGGAGCGACUGUAUUCAAAGCUUUAAAUGAAAUACACUUCAUUGUGUUGACCUACCCUGAUUUUCUUGUCCUUUUCUUGAAAAAAGAACAAAGUAGCGUGUAGUAAUUUGAUUUGUUUUGUUAUGGUAAAAUUGAUAGGGAAAAAAAUUUUAGUGAAGCAUAAAUAGUAAGUAGACUUAGGCUUAGAUGGAUGGAUGAGAUGGAAAAAGAUCUACAGCAGCUGGAAACCCAACCAUGGAAAAGAAAAGCAUCAGUGGUGAGGUAGGCCAAAGCCCUACAUGGGCUGUACUGCCACAGGGAUGGAUAUUAAUAUUACUGAUUGCAGGCAGACUAUGGAUACAAAUUUAUUAGUAAACUUGCUUGAAAUAUAUCCAAAUACAUCAAGCAUUUCCAUUUUCCCGUGCUUUUCAUUGAAGCAUUAAGUUAAAAAUAUUGCCCAUGGACUUGAUGUCUGUCUCUAUAAAUUUUAUAAUAAAUAUGAUUUAUACAAAAGUAGCUUAAGAAACACCACAACUAUUGUUAAGGAUAUCCAAAUAAAUCAUCAGACAAACAGAUACAUUCAUUAAAUUUACAAGCUAAAAAAACAACAAAAAACACUAGUGAUAGACAAAGAUUUUCAAAUGUAAUGCCAAAGCUCAUACUCUACUAUAUUUCUUUUUAUAGGUUAUGUCAUUUAUUACCAUCUCCUACAUAUAUCUUCAUAACUACCAAAUCAUAGCUAAGACAGUGGAAUGUUGGUGGAAUGUUGGUGACAAGUGACAUGAAAACACAUACUAACCCAUGACUCUCAACAGACGUAAACAAAACAAUAUUUGUUUCAUCUUUUUAUCCCAGAUGAAAAAAUGUUUCCCAAUUGCAGGCAAGAUGAUGGUUGACAUGGCCGAUCGGGUUUCACAGUUAGAGAAGUGGGCCAACGGAAGGGGACUCAUAGUACUAGGAACAGGAGGGCAUUUUUGCUCUGGUGGAGAUUUAACAUUUGUUCAAAAAGCUCUGCAUUAUGGGGGAGAAAUGGCUGCAUUCCAACAUGAUACCUUGACUCGUCUCCACAAUCUGCCUUUAGUUAGUGUAGCUCUUCUGCAAGGUAGGUCCCUACCAUUUUCCACAUUUUUAAUGUACGGCAACUAUAAAUUUAACUUGUUACGGUAGAUUUUCUUUUAAAUGCAAAAUUCAACUGUUCCAAUUAUAAGAGUGCAAUGGAUGUAGAACCACAUUGUUUAUUUGUUAAACUAUGUGCCCCAAACCAAAGGGGAAGAUGACUUUAAACAUUGUUUAUUUGUCUUCUGGUAAAAUAAACUAUGUGCCCCAAACCAAAGGUCAAGAUGACUCUAAACAUUGUUUAUUUGUUUUCUGAUAAAAUAAACUAUGUGCCCCAAACCAAAGGGGGAGAUGACUCUAAAUUUUUGGGGGUUUAAGGUUAUGUGAAAUUAACCGAAACUUUUUGCCGAGUAAAUUGAUCUCUUCCUCCUCUUCCUCAGGACACACACUUGGCGGAGGUGCUGAACUGUCAACAGCCUGCGACUUCAGGGUCAUGUCCUCUACCGCUAGGAUCGGCUUUGUUCAGAUCAAAAUGGGAGUGACGGCUGGCUGGGGAGCAACGACAAGACUUGUUCAUUUGUUGGGUCGACACAAGGCCUUGGGCCUGCUGUCUUCGGCAAAAGUUUUUUCAGCAGAGGAAGCCCUAGGUGAAGGGUUGGUGGAUCAUAUAUUACCUUAUUCCCUGGCCCAGAGUGAAGAACUUGAUGAAUGUAAAAAAUGGCUUUCAUCUAAUUAUUGUGCUUAUGAUGCAGAUUUGAUUCAGGGUGUCAAAUCCUCUGUGGUAUAUAGUGAACUGAAUCCUGAUAUAAAUACUUCAUUGAAGUUUGAACGUGAAGUGUUUACUAAAUUCUGGGGCGGUCCACUACAGAAGGCUGCUUUGGCUGCUAAGAUAAAACAUAAAUAAUAUUUUAUUAGUACUUUUUUUAUGAGGUGGGGUUAAUAAAAAAAAAGAGACACAGAUGUUGGUUGC